AUGUCCGUCCUUGUAUCAUCAUCAACAUCAACAAUAAAUACUCAUCAUCCUUAUUUUCCUAAUCAUAAUAUUAAUGAAAAUAUUUCUCCAACAACAAAAUCAAUAUUAUCUACAAAUCGUUUUAUAUCAAGAAAAUUUAAUGAAAAUUAUAAUGGAAAUAUUGAGAAUGAUCAUGUACCAUUUGGUGUUGUUAAUUCUAUGAAACAACGUUUACUUGAUAAAGCAAAUGAAUCAUUAUCAUUAAAUAAUAAUUUAAUAUUUAAUAGACAUUCAUUAUCAAAAUUAUCAUCAUCAUCAUCACGUUUAUCAUCAAAUGAAAAUUUACUUCAAACAAAAUCAUCAAUAUCACCAUUAAAAUAUACAACACGUUUAUCACGUAGUCAUGAUAAUUUAAUGAAUAAUAAUAAUAAUAAUAAUACAGAACAAUUUACAUCAUAUUUACAACCAAAACAAGAUGUUAUUAUUGUUGAAAGAACAAAAUCAAAUGAUGAAAAUUUUCCAACAUAUCGACAUUCAUAUACAGGAUUACAUAUGGAUGAAGUACCAAAACCAGGUACGGUUACAACAGUUAAAAAUAUGUUUGAACGACAAAUUCGUUUAAGUCGAUAUGAUAGUGAUAAGUUAUCAAAUACAUUAUUACCUAAUAAUUCACGUAUCAAUAGUCAACAUCGAGAAAUUAAUAUAAGUCCAAGUCGUUCACGUAGUAUAUCACCAAAUGAUAUGGCUUUACGACAACGACGUACAACAAUAAUACAUACAUCAAAUCAAUCAUCAACACCAUUAUCAUUACCUGUAACAACAUCAUAUCCUGAUGUUGUUAUAUCACAUACACCACCAACAUCAAUACAUAUUGAAACAAAUAAAAUUCUUAAUGAACAAUCUGUUAUAAAUACACAUAAUCAAAAAAAUGAGAAAAAACUUGCUUCAUUAAAUAUUAUUACUGAUGAAACUACAACUAAUAAUAAUAAUAAUAAUAAUAAUAAUAAUAUUCGUCCAAAUCUUUUACUUUCAACGACUUCAUCGUCAGAUACAAGUGAUUAUCAACCACUUGAUUUUAAAAGUCGUUUAGCUUUAUUUAAUCGUACAAAUACAAUUGAACGAUCGAAUAUUAAUUCUUUUGUUUCAACAAAUAUUAAAAAAAAUUCAAAUCGUACUAAUUCAGUUCCAUCACCACCUAAUUUUUUAACAAAACCAAUUCUUCAUCAUCAUCAUUUAGAAAAAAAAGAUACUUCAUUAGAUUCCAUUGUUCGAUCAGUUGUUAAUUCAACUAAAUCAGUAACAUUUUUUGGUGGAAUAAAAGUAAAUAAUGAUGUGCAAUCAACUCUACCAGCUUCAAUAAUUCCACCACCUUUACCAAUUAUUAAAGAUGAACAAUUAUCUACUUUAACAUUAAUUGAUUUACUUCAAAUUCCAGAUGUUAUCGGUGGAAAUAUUAAAUUAAAUAAAUCAUCGAUUUUUUCAGGAACAAGAAAGGAUGCGCGAGUACAAUUUAUUGAUAAUGUUGAUACAUUUGAAUAUCCAUCAUAUACUGUAGUUAUGGCUGAAUUUGGUAUUACUAGUUCAGAUGAUGAUGAUAAUGAUGACGAGGAUGAUGAUAAUCCAUUAAUUAAGAAUAAUAAAAAUACUAUGAAAAAAAUUUCUUUAGAUAAUAAUAUAAAUGAUCAAAUUGAUGAUGUUGAUGAUGAUGAACUUGAAAGAUUGGCAAGAAUUAAUGCAAAAUUUAAUUCAAAUAAUGUCACUGAAGAACCAUUUCAAUCAAAAGGUACAUUACAUACAUUUCGUCCAACAUAUCUUGAUCAAUAUGAAUUAGGUAUACAAAAUGAUUCUUUAACAAAUUCCAAUUCGUCAGAUAUAUUUUCUCGCCAAAAAUAUUUUUCUUCAUCAGAGAAUUUUUCAAAUCAUUCCAUAUUAAAACAAGAAAAAUCAUCAAUGUUUGAUAUGACAAAUAAUAUUCAAUGGAGUUCAAUGUCAACAACUACUGAUUUACUUUUUUGA